CCGGACUCAAAGAGGAUAAGAGCGAGGCGCUGAAAGCCCGCUGCUACCACUCUGCCAGCGGCCCGGCCAGCUCCCCGUCUCGCAGCUCCCGCAAAGUCCUCCACACCGGCGCCAUGUCCGAAGAAAAGCCAAAGGAAGGCGUGAAGACGGAGAACGACCACAUCAACCUGAAAGUAGCUGGGCAGGAUGGGUCGGUGGUACAGUUCAAAAUCAAAAGGCACACUCCGCUCAGCAAGCUAAUGAAGGCGUACUGCGAAAGACAGGGUUUGUCAAUUCGCCAGAUAAGGUUUAGGUUUGACGGACAGCCAAUCAAUGAAACAGACACGCCUGCACAGCUGGAAAUGGAGGAUGAAGACACUAUUGAUGUAUUCCAACAACAGACAGGAGGGGCCUCUUCUUAAAUGGAAAUUGGACACACCUCACAGAGGACUCUACACUUGGACAAGCGUCCACAUUAUAUCAUUAUGUAAUUGUUCUUUUUUUAUUAUUAUUAUUUUUAUUUUUCUCAAUCUUCUUGCCCAAACUCCCAAGUUCUACAAAUCCAUUAAAGAAGGUGGGGUUAUUUCGGUGGGGCCACAUCCUAACUUUGAGAUGGAAGUUUGUUUUUUUACACAUAAAUGCUUUUAUCUAUUCACUCAUGGAGAGUAUAGUGUUAUUUUCAAAGGUAGAUCUCAGGCUGCCUAUGGUUUGCAUGGUGUUCAUGAUGAUUUGAGAAAGAUGGCCUCCUGCAUUUCAUUAUUAAAAGAUGCCACCAUCCACUUUUUUAAACGGUCUUGCAGCUAAGCAUUCAAAUCGAAGAUGGACAACUGUUGAGUCGUGGUAGAUAAGACACGCUUGCAUAUGUAAGUUGAACCAACCUCUCCAGUCCAUAGCGGCGAGACUUCACAGCUUACAGAUUUCUUAUCAUGUAACUCAAUUUAAGCUGUUUUUUUAAGCACAAAAACGUUUGCUUUGUCCAUGCUGUUGUUUGACAGAACAACCUGCUCAGAGAGAUGUGUAUGGAUGCUUUACCUCAACAGUGUCACACCCAUUGCUGAUUGGCUUGAACAAUAAAGAAUCAUGAUGUUUUAUGGACCAAAAUUGCUGAUGGAACAGUGUUAGGAGUAAAAUGGUUUGGUAAAUAAAGACUGUCAGAAGGAGGCAGCCUUGUUUUGUGUGUGUGUGUCUCUGUGUGUCUCUGUGUGUGUGUCCACAUAGGGGAGUAAUUCUGUUAAGUUUGAUCUCUGCCUUUUGCCCACAAUGUCACCAUUUAUAGAAUAAAAGGGGUACUGCCUUGUCCAGUCCAUAAACAAU